UACUACUACUACUACUACUCACUUACUAUUUUCUCCAUCGACAAAACAAACAAGUUUGAAGAAAUCUCAGAAAAUGGCCGUAAGUUGCGUAACAACAUCUCUAGAGGAAGAAGACAAACCUAAACUAGGCUUUGGAAACAUUCAAACGCCAUUGAUCUUCAACCCUUCGAUGCAUAACCUCCAAACCAAUAUCCCAAACCAAUUCAUAUGGCCAGACGACGAGAAACCUUCCAUCGACGCUCCUGAUCUUGAUGUUCCCCUCAUCGAUCUCCAAAACCUAAACUCAUCUGAUUUUCCCUCUUCCUCUUUACAAGCUUCCACACUUAUCUCUGAGGCCUGUAAGAAGCACGGGUUCUUCCUCGUGGUCAAUCACGGUAUCAGCGAGGAGCUUAUAUCAGACGCUCAUGUCUACAUGAGCCGCUUCUUCGAUAUGCCUCUCUCCGAAAAACAGAGGGUUUUGAGAAAACCCGGCGAGAGUUGUGGCUACGCAAGCAGUUUCACGGGACGCUUCUCCACCAAGCUUCCAUGGAAGGAGACCCUUUCUUUCCGGUUUUGCGACGGCGAGACACACCCAAAAACCGUUCAAGAUUACUUCAGCGAUGCGUUGGGACAUGAGUUUCAGCCAUUUGGGAAGGUGUACCAAGAGUAUUGUGAGGCAAUGAGUUCUCUGUCACUGAAGAUCAUGGAGCUUUUGGGGCUAAGUUUAGGAGUAAACCGAGACUAUUUUAGAGAGUUUUUCGAAGAAAAUGAUUCGAUAAUGAGACUAAAUUACUACCCUCCAUGUCAGAAACCAGAUCUUACAUUAGGAACAGGACCUCAUUGUGAUCCAACUUCUCUUACCAUCCUUCACCAAGACCAUGUUAAUGGCCUUCAAGUCUUUGUCGAAAAUCAAUGGCGCUCUAUUCGUCCCAAUCCCAAAGCCUUUGUGGUCAAUAUCGGAGAUACUUUCAUGGCUCUAUCGAACGAUAGAUACAAGAGCUGCUUGCACCGGGCAGUGGUGAACAGCGAGAGCGAGAGGAAAUCACUUGCAUUCUUCUUGUGUCCCAAAAAAGACAAAGUAGUGAAGCCACCAAGAGAGCUUUUGGACAGCAUCACAUCAAGGAAAUACCCUGACUUCACAUGGGCUAUGUUCCUUGAGUUCACUCAGAAACACUAUAGAGCAGACAUGAACACUCUCCAAGCCUUCUCAGAUUGGCUCACCAACAAACCCAUCUAAUAAAUGUAAAACAAUAUCUAUGUCUUGUCUUGUUUAGUUACUAUCUUCUUCUUUUUUGGAUUUCA